AUGGAUACGGUCUCACAAAUCCAAGCACAGAUUGCCGAUUACAAGAAAGCUAAGCCAGAUAUUGCGAAUGGAAGCUCCCCUCCUGUACCCUCUGUUGAAGAAUUCGCUUCCAGCACUGCUUCACUCGCUAACCUGAUCAGCAAUGAGGACCAAGCAGCGAGGGGCCUGCAGAUCAACAUGUUUUCAUAUGCCAAGGUGAUGCACAAGCGGCUGUGUGACGUGAUCUCUAUGGAGAUUCGGCUUCCCUUGCCUAAUCCCCACUGCCAGUUCCACCUGCCAGUUCCCCAUGCCAGUUCCCCAUGCCAGUUCCCCAUGCCAGUUCCCCAUGCCAGUUCCCCCUGCCAGUUCCCCCUGCCAUUUCCCCCUGCCAGUUCCCCAUGCCAGUUCCCCAUGCCAGUUCCCCAUGCCAGUUCCCCAUGCCAGUUCCCCCUGCCAGUUCUCCCUGCCAUUUCCCCAUGCCAGUUCCCCUUGCCAGUUCCCCAUGCCAGUUCCCCAUGCCAGUUCCCCUUGCCCGUUCCCCAUGCCAGUUCCCCAUGCCAGUUCCCCAUGCCAGUUCCCCCUGCCAGUUCCCCAUGCCAGUUCCCCAUGCCAGUUCCCCAUGCCAGUUCCCCAUGCCAGUUCCCCAUGCCAGUUCCCCAUGCCAGUUCCCCCUGCCAGUUCCCCCUGCCAUUUCCCCCUGCCAGUUCCCCAUGCCAGUUCCUUAUGCCAGUUCCCGAUGCCAGUUCCCCAUGCCAGUUCCCCCUGCCAGUUCCCCCUGCCAUUUCCCCAUGCCAGUUCCCCUUGCCAGUUCCCCACGCCAGUUCCCCCUGCCAGUUCCCCAUGCCAGUUCCCCCUGCCAGUUCCCCUUGCCAUUUCCCCCUGCCAGUUCCCCAUGCCAGUUCCUUAUGCCAGUUCCCCAUGCCAGUUCCCCCUGCCAGUUCCCCCUGCCAUUUCCCCAUGCCAGUUCCACUUGCCAGUUCCCCAUGCCAGUUCCCCAUGCCAGUUCCCCUUGCCAGUUCCCCAUGCCAGUUCCCCAUGCCAGUUCCCCAUGCCAGUUCCCCCUGCCAGAUCCCCUUGCCAGUUCCCCCUGCCAUUCCCCCAUGCCAAUUCUCACUGCCCACAUCUCCCUGCAGUUGA